AUGAAACUGAAAAAAGCAAAGAGUAAGAAAAACAAAAGAAAAGGAAAUGACAACAAUAAUAGUAGUAAAAGCAACUAUGGAAAAGGAAAAAAAAUAAAAAUCGAAAAAAAUUAUAAAAAAAAUAAUGAAAUAAAAGGUAGCAAAUUUCAUAAAAAUAGUAAAGAAAAACGGAUAAACAAAUUAACCGGAAAACUAAAUAAGAAGCCUAGUGAAAACUCUGUAGAAAGUUCAAAAAAAAGAUACUCCUGGUUAUUCAAUAAAACUGAAAAGGAUCAUGAUAAUAUAAAAAAUAAUGGCAUAAAUAAUGGCAUAAAUAGUGAUGCAGAUAGUGAUGAAGAUAGCGACGUAGAUAGUGACAAACGUAAAGGAGUGAAAAAAAAGUUUGUGCUAUAUAAAAAACGUAAAAACAAAGGGAAAGUUGUUUUAAGCUGCUUUCAAAACUUAGGAUUAAGCAAAGAAAUGUGUAAAAGUAUAAGCAGCAAUUUAAAAUAUAAUAGACCAACAGAUAUACAAAAAUUAUGUAUCCCUAAAAUUUUAAAUAAAAAAGAUGUUAUAUGUAUUAGUAAGACAGGAUCAGGAAAGUCACUUGUAUAUUUAAGCACAUUAAUAGAUAUGCUAAGAGAACAUAGUAAAUUUUUUGGGAUUCGAGGUUUAAUAAUAUUACCAACAAAAGAAUUAGUUAUACAAAUAUAUAAACUAGCAAAAAAAAUAUGUACAAAUUAUUUUAAUUUAAAAAUAAAUAUAAUAAUAGGAGGAAUAAGUUUAUGCAAACAAUUUGAAAUACUCAAAGAAAAUAUCGAUAUACUUAUAUGUACACCCGGAAGAUUAUCAUAUAUACUUGAUGAAACAAAAUUAAGCUUAGAAAAAGUAGAAGUUAUUAUUAUUGAUGAAGCAGAUAGAUUAUUAGAACUCAACUAUUACAAUGACAUGAAUAAUAUAUAUAAAUGCUUAGGAAAUAAAAAUUUAAAUAAACAGACAAUAUUAAUUAGUGCAACCCUACCAACUAAUGUUGAAAAUUAUUUUAAAUUAAAAUUAAAUAAUCCUGAAAUUGUAUUUGUUAAUUCAGACAAUAAUAUAAGUUCACAAAUUAAUUUACAUUUUUUAUUUUGUAGAUCCUAUGAAAAAUAUGCUAUACUUAUUAAAUUAAUUUUAUUAUUUAAACAAAAGCAAUUAGGAAAAACUAUUAUUUUCUUUUGUACUAAAUAUCAUAUUUUAUUUUUUAGUAAAAUCUUAAACUUUUUAAAAAUUAAUCAUUCAAUAUUAUAUGGAAAUUCAGAUACAUCUUUCCGAUUUAAUCAAAUUAAUAAUUUUACAAAACAUGAUGAUAUCCAAUUUUUAUUAGUUACAGAUCUAGCAUCAAGAGGUAUUAAUAUUACAUCCGUUCAAAAUGUUAUAAAUUACAAUCUUCCAUUUUCUCCCAAAAUAUUUUUACAUCGAAUUGGUAGAGCAUGUAGAACGGAAGGCCAAUCCGGCUAUGGCAUAUCCAUAGUCACAUACCAAGAUAUUUUAUAUGCAUAUGAAAUUUGCUUUUUUAUUGGAAAAAAAUUAAAAUUCAUAAAGGAAGGCACAAGCGGUUCUCCCCGUUCCUAUGAGGGACAACCAGAUCAAACUACUGAACAAGAUGCAGAUCAAACUACUGACCAAGCUGCAGAGAAAACUACUGAAGAAACAGCCGAGGAAACUUCCUACCAAACUGCAACGACCCUAGUACCUCAAACUGAGAGCCCCGAAAAAGAAACACCUAAUGAAGGAAAAGAAAAUAAUGUAUACUUAGGGGCUAUACAUAAUAUAAGUGAGUAUUUAGAACUUAUAGAUAAUGCUAAAAAAAUGGACACCGAAUUAAUAUCACUAAAUAAAAGUAUCGAUUUAUCAUAUAAAUUAUAUUAUUCUAUGCGACCAAAGGUAUCAAAAUAUGCAAGUACAAAAUUUAUAAAAAAAAUAAAAAAAAUCGGAGGAAUAUAUAAACUAUGUCUGCUUAAACAUCCAAAUCCUAUUUAUGAUAUGCCAGAAAAUGAGGAAGCAAAAAAAAGUGAAACAGAAAAUAAAAAUGAUGAUGUUAUGAAUGAAAUUGAUAAUGUUUUUAAAAAUUUAACAAACUUUUUAAAAAAUAACCCCAAUUCAACCAAUGUAAAGGUGGAUGAUCCAGAUCAUCCUACAUUAGAAGAAACUCAAAAAAAUUCUGACACUCCUCAAGAUGAAUUCCAACCCACCAACAUAAACACAAACCUUGACAACGAACUAAAUGACGACCCCAAUUUAGAACCAUACAACAAUAUGGAUAGUUAUCAACAUUUUCCAGAAAAUUAUGUAGAAUCCUUUUUACAUGGAUUUCAAUACAGUAGCAAUACCAAAUUAAAAAAUAUAUCAGAAGAAAUUAAAGAUAAACUUGAUAAAUUAAAAGAAAAAAUUAAAAAAAAUAAAAACACAAAAAAUAAUUCCAUAUCCAAUGAUAUUAAUGGACUACUAGACACAAUAACACUCGGACUUAACAAUGAAGAAAUUCAAAAUUGGGACGAUGAUGAAUUAGAAUAUAAUAACAACAUUGAUCAAGCAAAUAUUUUAAAUGAAAAAAAAAAUAAAAAAAAAUUAAGUAAAAGAGCUAAAAAUAAAUUAAAAAAAGAAAAUAAUAUAACAUCACCUGAUGAUAUACAAAAAAAAAAAGAUAUAUCAUUAGAUGAAAUUUUAAAAAAAAUAAACGAUAAAAAAAUGAAAAGAGAUUCUAAUAAUAAAAUAUUAGAAUUAAAUACACCUGGUUUUGAUUUACUUCCAGAUGAAGAAGAUGAAUUAAAUAAACAACGUUUUAUUAAAAAAAAUGUUUGGGAUAAAAAGAAAAACAAAUUUGUAUUAACAGAAGUUGAUACAUUCCAAACAGAUAAAAAAAAUAAUAAAAAAAUCGAUGGAAAAAAUUCAUCUGAUCAAAAUACUAGUAUAUAUCAAAAAUGGGUAAAAAGAACAAAAAAUAGAAUUAAAAAUGUUGGAGAAUUAGAAGAUAAUUAUGAUAAGAAAAAUAAAAUUAAAGAAAUAUAUAUAGAAAAUCAAAAAAAUUAUGAGCAAGACAUGAAAGAAACCAAUCUUAAUGUACUAAAAGAAACCCAUCCUGAAAUAACGGAAGCAUUAUCUAAAAAUAUAAAACUAACAAAAAAACAGCAAAGAAUAUAUAAAAAAUAUAUUACUGGAAAAUAUAACAACCAAGAUACUAAUGAAUUAAAAACUUUAAAUCAAAUACAGCAAGAUAAAAAAAAAGAACUAAAAAGAAAACUCAAAACAGAUCGAGGCUUUAGGGCAAAAUAUGCACAUUUGAUGAAAAAAAAACAUCAACGAAAACUCGAGGAAAUGAAAAAUCUAAAAAGUGCUCGAUCCAAGUCCCUAGCCAUUAUUCGAAGGAAAAUCGGAAAGAGGUGA